AACUUUGCAGAGGUGGGCAGCCGUGGGCUGGCAGCUGGCACCUGUGCAGCUUUCUGUGAGGAUUUUUAAAAGAAGCUUGAUGCAACCUACUUGCUGCUCAACUUCAAUGAGGUUCACGUGUGAGACGGUGUGACAGAGCCCCAAAUUUAGAAAAACCAGGUUGAUGCUGCACCAAUGCAAGCUCUUACGUUGAGAGCGGAGCGCAGUCCAAAAGUCCUAUCGUAAGAAAGCGUUUUCAUGCGGUGAUCCCGUAUCCUGUCUCCUUACGUAGGUGUCUCCUUUUAGUCGGAGCCGUGCAAAGGUUACAGGCGGCCGGUAGCCAUUGAGUCAAGAUGCUCGCGAACUGUACUGGUAAACUGUAAAAGGAAAAUUGGAACGACUGUGCUCUCUGCAAGGGAUGAUGAAAAUACAAUUGAGCAUCCGUGAAGCAGAGAGAGCAAGGUGAUUCAGUAUACUCUUCACAAUGCUAACCUGCUGACAGACUAAGGCAUCCAUCAAACACACCUACAACAAGAAAAGCCUUUGAGCACAUAGUGAGGAUUGAGAACUUGCUAGUCAGCAAAUGGCCCCGUAAACUAGAGGGGCAUGGGAAGAUAGGUGUGCGUGACCAACGUUUGGAAUUGCACUUUAGCUGAUAAGAGCAGAGACCUGAAGCAGAUCAUCAUGGGUAAGAAUCCGGUUUCAAUUGAGGUGGAUCAUCAGCGAGAGAACGCUGCACCAAGAGACGCCGGGCGGGCAGACUUCGAAGAUGUACCCGAGUGGAUGGGCCAAUCAGAAGCUAGCACGUCUGGGCAAGGCACGCAGGUCUACCAGAGGCGACGGAGGAUGGUCGCCACCCAAGCAGAAAAGAGCCGCGAAGGACUGCGGCCAAAGAUUCAGUUGGCGGCUGGUCCAGCGGCAGGGGUGCGGGUCAGCCGACCGAGCUGGGUACACCGUGCGCUGUCAGCCAGGCGGCACAGCAUUAUGCUGGAACAGCCCAUCCUCCCGAGCAGUGAGAGCGAGAGCGAAAGCUCAGACGAGGACUCUGAGGAUGACGACGCCUCUGCACCACCAACUCCUGAUCCGGCGGAGCGCCCAUUAGUACUCAGAACAAUGUACAAGCCCCUUCCGUCCCUCCCUCAAGACUUCGUCCAGGAACGCCUGGCUUACUUCGCUGGCGUCGAGGCAUACGAGCUGGAAGAAGAAAGCCCGCAGCCGGACGCCGAUCAGCGGUCCCCUCGUUUCGUCACUGAGGCUGACGAAGAAGACUUCAGUGUAGAGCACCCGGAGUUUGAGGCGCAGAGGAGAUGGCGACCACUUGAGGCAGUGGCAGAGGAGGAUGUCGCCGACGAGGACUUGCGCGAAGGAGAGGCGGGGGAGCACCGGGAAAGUCCAGAGCUUGCAGAAGCAGGGGCUGGGGAUGGCGCUUCAGCAUUGCGGGAAGAAAGGGACUUGGAAGGGGCACCGGAGAGUGUUGCAAGCAUCACAGAUCAAGAGAAUCUUAGCUCGAGAGAAGAGAACGUGCGUGGAGCCUCGAUUGCUAACGCUACUGGGCUGGGGUUGGAGCCGAUUCUGGAAAUUUCUGAAGCUUCGGCAGGGGAGGGGAACGAUUUGCAAGAAGGGGCACUUUUGGACGCCAAGGCAGCGGCAGUUUCAGACGGCAAGGCGACGACCAAAACCGACGGCGCAGCAGAUAGGAGCGUCCGGCGGCUGGUCUUCGACGAGGUCCCGCCCAACGUGCCCCGCAGCCGUCGCACCAGCCCGAGCGAACUAGCGCGAGCGAGGGGCAAGAAGCUGGCUCCAGCGGCUGACCAAACCGUGGCUGACGUCAGCAGUGUAGCCGUUGCUGACGUCAGCAGAGGGCUGGGCCAGCUGUCCCUAGACGCUGCCCCAGUCAACGAUGACGUUUUCGGAGGGAGGGAUGUCCGGAGGAGCGUGAAUGGGGCGCGGAGGCUAAGCAGGCGACGGAGCAGCCUGGCGAAGCCUGGGAAGGUCGCCAGAGAACCGGAGACGCCACUGCAGGCGAUCUUAAGGGCGUGCGGGCAGGACACGAUGCUGGGGCUCAACGAGUACAUCUCCAGGUUCUACCCCGUCGACAAGCUGAGCAAGCUGGGCGAAGGUACCUUUGGUGAGGCGUUAAGGGCGGGCGACAUGUGCUUCAAGAUCGUCCCGAUGGGCUGUGACGUCAAGGUCAACGGCGAGGCGCAAAAGACUGUGGAGGAGAUGUACAGCGAAGUCCUGCUGACGAACGCAAUAACCUCCAUCCGCUUCGGAUCGGACACGGACGCACUUCCCGACAACGCGUCCGACAACUUCAUCCAGACAUUCGGGGUUGGUAUCUGCCGCGGCGCAUACUCGGAGGAGCUCACGGCAGCGUGGGAGGCGUGGGAUCAAGAAAACGGGUCGGAAAACGACCACCCUCGCAUCUUCCAGGAAGACCAGGUGUACGUGGUGUUUGCGUUUGCGGACGGCGGCAGCGACUUAGAGCACUUCACUUUGCGCACCUACGCCGAGGCGGUCAGCCUGCUCCUGCAAGUCGUGGCGUCGCUCGCGGUCGCGGAGCAAGCCUGCAAAUUUGAGCAUCGGGACAUGCACUGGGGCAACAUACUGCUGGCGCGGCGGGGCCAAGCCGAGGCGCGCUUCCGGCUGGACGGGAGCGAGCUGCGCGCGCGCUCGUGCGGCGUCUCGGUGGCGCUAAUCGACUUCACGCUUUCGCGCCUCAACGCGGGGCCCCGCGUGCUCUUUUGCGACCUGACGGCUGACACGUGGCUCUUCGAGGGGCCCAAGGGAGACGUCCAGGCGGACACCUACCGUAGGAUGAAAAAGGCGACCAAGGGCUGCUGGGAGGGAAGCUUUCCCGAGACCAACGUCUACUGGAUCCAUUACCUGGUGGACAUAUUGCUGAACAAGAAGGCGUUCGCAUGCUCCCCUGCUGAGAAACACUCUCUUCGAGGGUUCCGAAAACGGAGCCUCACGUACAGGUGCGCCAAGAAUGUCCUCCAAGAUGAACUGUUUGCAGAAAGCUGGAUCUAGCAUAGGACUCAUUGACUUUCUUAAGGCCGGAGGAACCUUAGCUGAAAGGCUUCAUUUCGCGAUCUCGCCCUCCUGUCUACUGAGACGACCAGAGUAACAGGCGAAGUGACUCUUGUGCUCUGAGUUGGUUUUGACAAUGCGACUCAUCCUUUCAUCGGUAUGUAGAGCUGUACGUUGAUAUAGGAAAUUACAGCUCCAGCAAAGCGGCCUGGCCGGUCAAUCGAAACAAGGAUCGGUGGGCUGUCGCAUUGGCCAUUUACAUGCAGUACGUCCAUUUAUGUACCGAC